AUGCAAAGAGUACGCGGUUUCUUGGCCAAGAGGCUCCGCCCCAAGGCACGACCCCCGGCGAUGGGAGCCGGAGUAUUGGAAAACCGAGUCUGCCGAAAAAAUAUGUCUCCCUUUUUCUCGACUCUCUUCUGUGGAUGACGUUCUCCGCUCUUUUCCGUUCCUUCAAUAUUUCCUUUGAGAAUUGCUCUUGGUUCAUCUAUCCGUUUUAUCUUUUCUUUCUCAUUUCUACUUGUUCUGAUUUUUUAUAUUUAUAAUUUUGGAAAUCGAGUCAGUUUUCUUGAGAUUCAGACUCAUUAUGACCUUGGACUUGAUAAAUUGUAAGACUAAUCAAAAAAUAAAAUUGAGCUGUGUAAGACAUAAAAAAUCAAGUACCAAGAAGGUCAAAUUUUUGAUAGCGUUUUUAUAAAUGAGAUAAAUCAUCAUUUCAUUGCUUUCUUUUCUCGUUUUUUGGUGAAUAUUUUUUUAAUUGGUGUAUUUUCGGUAAACUGUAUGAAUAAUCCGAGCAACACCUCAAAACUUCUGACUGUCGGAAUAAUUUAUAAAAAUUGAAAUCGCAAGAUUUUUGUUUGAAAAGUGUGUUCAUUCGUAAUGCUUGUGUAAAGAAAAAUAUUUUUUACUUUUUUAUAAGGAUUUUUUCUAAGGUGGUGAUGAACCGGAUAAGGACGAGUACAAGAGAACAAGGUAGCUGUCAAAGUCAGCCAAUUUCUAACGGGAGCCGAGCGAUCGGCAUUAGAGCCAGCACUUCUACAGAGAGAAAGGUUCAUUAUUUUCUGAAUAUGAUCAGGAAAUGUGAAGUUUUCGAAACUUUAUGGAAUAUUUCAGGACCAAUCUCCAAUGUUGAGCCCUUCGACGCCUCAGAAUCCGCGCCACAGCGACAGUAUGCAUUCGCUGUCCGGCAGGUCUUCUGACGGCGAACAUAGCAGGUUUUUUUUGUUUCCAAAAAAGUUUUAUAUAUUUUUUUGAAGGUGGAAAAACCGGCUGAUCACGGUCCAUUUGCCGUUUGAUCAGCAUUCAAGACUCGAGGUUUGUUUUUUUUUUUUAGUUUUUCUUAUUUUCAUCAGCAUACAUGAUCUGUAAAAAGAUCCUGUCUGGUGUUUUUAAAGGCACAGGGAAGGCUGAAAACGGCUCUUUGCCUUGAGACCUUCGGAUAUUCGCCGAUGCUCCUUUAAAGAAAUACUUAAGGAUUUUUGGAGUUACACAAAUCGUUUUUGAAUGUCAAGUAGGACGACGUCAUAAAAACGCUCUCUGAUUGGUUUAUCACCGCAUUAGGGGCGGAGCUUGAGCGAUGAAUAUACUUUCAAGAUAUCAACAGACUUAAAACAUCAAGUAUAAGGCUACUACUGAAUAUAGCUGUUUCACGGUGGGCUUGAACCAUUGAAAAAUGGGUCCUGACACGAUCAGAAAAGAGACAGUGCCUUUCUAGUGGACAGCACAGACAGGCUAUGCCCCUUAGCGUCUCAAGCUCGCCGUGAAUGGGCUAUAGUAUAAAUUUGUUUCCACAAAAUUAUUUCGAAACAUUUCGAAUUUCAUUAUUUUCCAGGUAAGACCUGGAGAAACGGCGCGUGACGCAAUUUCGAGGCUUUUGAUGAAACGUGGCAUAACUCCGCAGUUGUGCCACGUCAGCGCCUCGUCGGAUCCGAAAAGUGAUCAUAUUGAUCUGGCGGUGAGUUUGAAGUCCUUGUAGAAACUUUAUAAUGUUCAAAGUAGUUUCCGCGAAAUGCAAAAUGGCCUCAGACCCUCCAAAAUUUAGUUAUCUUUCUCUUUCUCUGACAGCCAUUUUGAAUUUCGCGGAAUCACUUUAAACACGGCAUAAGCUCCGUUGUAAUAUUUGUCCUAAACUAGUUUUUUAUCGACUUUCUGAAGAGUUUUCACUUAAGGAACCAUUGGAAUCGAUCGCCCUGAGGUUGGAAACUAGCGAACUGUGGGUCCACAGCGAGUAUCUCAACACCAUCAACACUAUCAAAGUAAUGUCCCCUCUCAAAAAAAUGAUAAUUCAUAUUUUUAGCACACAAUCGUGAGAAGAACCUUCAUCCCACCGAAGGGCUGUGACGUCUGUAGCAAUCCGAUCUGGAUGAUGGUUUGUUUUUUUUUUAAAUUUUUCAAUAGUAAAUCUUGAUUUCCAGGGUUAUCAAUGUGAAAAUUGUCAGUUCAAAUUCCAUCAGAGAUGUUCAUCAUUUGUACCGCUUUAUUGUGAUCUCCUAAAGUCGGUUCAAUAUAAUGAACUGGUGAGUUUCGGAAACAUUUUUUGGCCUAGGUUUAAUUUUUUCACUUUCUUUAAAUUUUUUCAGUGACAAAUUAACAUUACCAUUCAAAUAUUAAUGAAAACUUGGACCCUAAUUUCGUUUUCCUAGUAGUUUUGAUGGGGAUUUGAGCUUUUCUUUGUGAUAAUUCCAAGUUUCUAAACGAUAAUUCUCUUUCGAGGCUGUAAUUUUUGGAAAAUUUAGCCCUCGUUUUGUACAAAGUUCUUGGACAAAUGGUGAAUAAUAGCCGCUAAAAGGGAGAGGCUUGAAAAAGGCCGCAGAAAGGCAGCAAACAUAGUCCCUUAAUCUAGCUUUCCAUUUUUCUAGAAUAAGGUAUUUCUAGGAAAAAGGGAGAGACAGAAAAAAUGUUGCAUAAGAGCCGAGAGAAUGGCGCAAAAAGGCACCAAAAAAGGAACCUUUUUUUACUCUAAAAGGAUCAUUUCUAUGGUCCUUUUUCCACCCUUUUUGACUAUGUCUAUGUAGAAGGAUUAUCUUAAGGUUUUUCUAAGCUUUUCGCUAAGAAAAGCCUUGAUUAUGACUUUCCAACUUUGCCUAUGCCUGUAUGCCUCCUUUUUAAGAUCGCCCAGCGAUUAUUCAAAAUCGCGGCCGAAGUCGAAGGAGCCGACGCCCAAACGGCAGAGAUGGUACUGGCCCAAUUACAACCGAAUAAUUGUCCGAGUCCCGUCGCGACUCCCGAAAGCAGUCACCACGAUUUGACUAAUAUACGGAGGUGAUUUUUAGUCGAUUUUGUACAAAUCUAUCAUAUCAAGGUUGAAAAAAGUUAUUUGAUAUGAUUAAUAAUACCGCGCUCAAAAAGCAAGGUAGAAAUGACCUUCAAAGAGUUAAAAAGAUAACGAGAAUUUUGGAGAGUCAGAGAUUUUCUUGAACGAGGGAAACGUUUGUGUGUAUUUUAUUUCGUAUAGUCUGUUCAGAUUUGUCAAGCAGCUAACUCCGCCCCUGCUGAGAUGGUACCUUUUCGCGUCGAUGUUUUAUCGCGCGGAACUAAUUUUGAUCUUUUUUGAUCUGAAAGAUAGAAAAAGAAGUCAAAAAUGCAGCCUUAUUGAAGGGCCAUUGUCAUCUGUAGAUAAAACAUUGACGCGAAAGAUAUUGUAGCCUUGGGGGUAGAGUUAGCUGCUUGACAUUCAAAAUCUGAACAGACUAUAGGACUUCAUCACGUUUUUUAGAUCCUGAUUUUUGUCGAGGAAAAAUUUCAAUUAAUCCUUUUUGAAUCUUUGAAACGAAGUUGAGUAUUCAAAAAACUCCUAGGAGAAAUUUGUAGGGAAACAAGUUAUUUUAUCGAUCCAUUUUUUCCAUUUUUUCCAUUUUUUGGAAAGUCCAUUUUUUGGAAAGUCCUGGAGCAGAUGUGCUUUCCAGAAAAUUCGAUUUUAGAAAAGUUUAAGAGAGGUUUCAUUCGAAAUGGAUUCAUGAAAAAGAGCUUUAGAAAUAGUUAAAGAUUACUUUUUUCCUUCUAGAACUGGUGGAGUUCGUCGGAAUCAAGCCGUUUCUCCGCAAGCUGAGAAUAGUCAGCUCUCUCCGGCUGUACCCUACCCAAGAGAUCGGUAUUUUACGAAAAAAUGGGCAUUUUUCUCACAAUUUCCUAAUUUCAGAUCCUCAUCUGCCCCCAACAUUAACGCAAUUAACGAUGAAGCUAACCUUGAACAUAAUGUACGUAUUUUUUUUUCCUUAAAAUGGAGAAUUUUUUUCAUUUUCAGCAGCAUAUUCUUGAUGCAAUUGAAGCGCAGCGAUUGGGUAAGAACUCCGAAAAUAUUUUCCCGAAAUAAUUUUUACAGAAGAAGAAUCGCGAGAUCAAACGGGUUCCAUGCUUUUGACGCAAAAUCGGCAGCGUCCUCACUUUCAAUCGGGUCAUUUGGUGCCGCAACACGGUAAAUUUGGUUGGAUUCGGGGUCCCUAGAGGGGUUAGGGGGAAGCAGUCCCUGUAGGGGACAAAAUAGUGCUCAAUCUAGAAAUCACUUCCAUACAGGUCAUUUGGUGUCGUAUCACGCUAAAUUUAGUUGCAUUCAAUCAGAAAUACCAGAGGGGUCCCUAGAGAGAUCAGGGGGUCAAACAGUCCCUGUGGAUGACAAAAGUGCUCACUUUAGGGGUAAAAUUGAGGUGGUCCUUCCAGGCGGAUAAAGUCUGGUCACUAGGCCCCUAGUGAUUAAGUGGUCACUAAGGGGUCUUACAAUUUUUUUUUGUUAUCGUUUGGAAGUCAAACAGGCGAAUUUUAAGGAUUAUUUCUCUUAUAAUUUCUUUUAUGUCUCAAAUGCAUGGAUUUUGAUUAGUUUGAGAGAGUUUCCCUGGGAAUUUGACUUUAUUAUACUAAUUUUCUUUAUUUUCAAUGUGUAAUGAACUUUUGUGUUGAAUUUUACUUACCAAAAAGAGAAUUUUGUAUUUUUCAAGGAUUCAAGACACGAGUAAUUAGAAUUCUACUUGGUAACUGCAGACUGGUCCCUAUAGGGGCAACCUUAGAGGGUCCUCUCCAGGAAUCACUUCACCAACCUAGAGCCACUAAAGCUCGAAAAAGUAGUUCCUAUACGGGUUUUAGUUAGUGGUCCUUAUAGGGGAAUGCUAGUCGAUAAUUGUUAUGAACUGUAAGCGAAGAAGGGAAAAAAACGGAAUAGGGUUGGGGUUGUUUUCCUCCCUUACCCCUAUAGGGACCACUCUGGAAUUCCUAAGUACUUGAUAAGUUUUACAAUAACAUAACGUUUCCUGAACUAUUAUUGUGUCACUUGUUGAAAGGAGAAGAAAGUAUCACUUUUUUCCAGGCCUCCGAACAAACCGCCUUCACCCGCUGUUGGACUGCUCACCACUUGGGUCGAACUCUCCCUCUUCCACGUGCUCUUCUCCGCCUGGAGGCGUCAUCAGCUCCGGCGUGAGCUCGACGAUGAGCCAACUGGCGGCGGCUCACCUUCACGCUCUGCCUCUGACCCCGCCUCAAAGCGCUCCUCCUCAAAAGGUUGCCAUUCUUCAGAAAUUAUUGUUGAAAACUGUCAUUAUCAGGUCUCCCCGGUCUUCUUCCGAAAUCGGAGCAGGUCUCCCGGAGAACGGCUGGAACCUCAGAGGACCCGAGCCCUGCAGAACAAACUGACUCAUGAGGAUUGGGAAGUUCAAGCCGCUGAUUAUACGGUAUCUUUUGGAAAAAUAAAGGAAGAAACUAAUAUUUUUUAUUGAAGAUUCAUGUCAAAGUCGGGUCAGGGUCCUUUGGAACUGUAUAUCGAGGCGAAUUUUUCGGAACGGUGGCCAUCAAGAAACUCAACGUUGGAGAGCCGACGCUGCAGCAGCUGCAGGCUUUCAAAAACGAGGUUAAAAUUGCUUUUUUGUAGUUUUUCAUUGUCAAAAAUGAUCAAGUUUUCUUGUAGAAUAGGAAAAUUUUGUUUUUUCUGACGGUUUUGCGAACUCUAAUUUGCGGAUUUAGGCGCUUUAUGAGCCUAGGUCAAAAUACUUGAUAACAAUAUGUAUUAUUUGCAAAUCCCGAUGAGGUACGGAGAAAAAUAUUGCUGAAAAUGGACAGAUUGAAAAAUUUCGCGUGGUUCCCUAGUCAGGUAUUGGAAAUACGAAUUUUUAAAUUGAUGUUCAAAAUUUUGGAUUUUUUUUUGAUUCUUUUUCAAUUUUGAAAAUUUUUGAUUCGCACUUGGCAAUAAUUCUCAAAUGUUUGAUUGUGAUAAAUUCUGAACGAAAUCUGGCUCCCAACGACCUUGAAAUCACUUGGAAGAAAAAGUGGGAUAAGCUAUGAAAAUUUUAAAAAAAGUGGCUAAAUUUUUUAGUUAUUUUUUUUUCUCGAAUGUUGAUUAUAAUUGAUUUACGGCUGCUUUGAGCCAUUGAAAAAAAUGGGUCCUGACACGAUAAUUAUAAUUGAAAAAGGUUAUAAUGGUUAUACAGACCCCCCCACUUAGAGUCCUAAACUAUAUGUGAAUAUUCGAAUAUUUUCAUUAAGAACCUUAAAAUUUCGAUUUUCUAGGUGGCUGUGCUGAAAAAGACACGGCAUUCCAACGUUCUGCUCUUCAUGGGAUGGGUCAGAGAGCCGGAAUUGGCGAUUAUCACGCAGUGGUGUGAAGGAAGUAGUCUCUACAAACAUAUCCAUUGUGUUGGUGAGUAGAAGAAUCAUUUAGAAAAAAGUUUGACGGCAAAAAGUCAGCUUAAUCUCAAGUCUUUGCCGUAGAAACUCACGAAAAAAUUCUUCAGAACCGAAAAUCGAGUUUGAAAUGAGCGCCGUCCUGGACAUUUUCAAGCAAAUCGCCUUGGGAAUGAACUAUCUCCAUUCGAAGAGCAUCAUCCAUCGGUUGGAAUUACAAUUGGAGCUAUUGAAACAGUUUUUCAUCUUCUAGGGACCUGAAAACGAACAACAUUUUCCUGAUGGACGACAUGACCACGGUGAAAAUUGGCGAUUUCGGCUUGGCCACGGUAAAAUCGAAGUGGACGGCCGGGCAGCAGAACCAACAGCCCACUGGCAGCAUCUUGUGGAUGGUGAUUUUUAUUUUUCGAAAAAAAGAUAGUCGAAAAUUUUUUAGCAAAGAAGAAUGGGUAGAUUUUUGAGUUUAGGCGAAGGGAUUUACUCAUUUUUUGUAAAUUCGAAAAGAAAAAGCGCAGAAAAUGACCUAGAGAGAAAAACGAUUCAGAGAGCAGAGCACCCUGAAGAGACGCCAGAGAAAAGACCUAAAAAUGAGAAGGAGCGAGAGAGCAGAGAAUUUUAAAGAGACGCCAGAGAAAGUACCUAAAAAAAAUGAGAAGUAGCGAGAGAGCAGAGAACCCUGAAGAGAGGCCAGAGAAAUUUCUUUUUUUCUGGAGUCUCUUCAGGUUGUUAUUCCCGUGUCAUGGAUUCUAAGUUAGAAGCUUAUGAAACUAGAGACCACGUAAGAAGAAGAGAUCUUCUAAAGACAAAACUUUUGUUUCUUCAAAUUUGAAAACGUCAAAAUAUGUAAAGUUAUGGGUCUUAUUACGAAGAAGUUUUCAGUUUUUUUGUUAAUUUUCAAGGUAGAAAGCGCAGAAAAUGAGAUCUAGUAAGCAAGCAGAGCACCCUGAAGAGACACCAGAGAAAUCUCUUUUUCUCUGUAGUCUCUUCAGGUUUUUGUUCCCGUAUCAUUGAGUGUACGUUAAAAGCUUAGGAAACUAGAGAUCACAUGAAAAGAAGAGAGCGCCUAGAGACGAAAUGUCUGGGCUCUCAAUUUUAAAACGCUCUCUCGCUACAGAAAGUUCAGACAUAUCAUCUCCUUAUCCUCUUGAUUUAAUUGAAAGUUUAUUCUGUCUUUUCUCAAUUUUUAAAUCGAAGUAAAUUCUUCAAGGUUGUGAAUCCCUUGAACCAUACAAUUUUUCAUUUUCCAGGCUCCCGAAGUCAUCCGAAUGCAAGAUCCCAACCCCUACACGACCAAGUCCGACGUUUAUGCGUUCGGAAUCUGUAUAUAUGAAGUUCUGUCGGGCUCCUUGCCUUAUUCGAACAUUAACAAUCGUGAUCAGAUCUUGUUCAUGGUCCGUUCUUCCAUUUGUUCCAUAAAAAGUUUCUCAUUUUAGGUUGGACGAGGGUAUUUGAGACCCGACGCUGCGAAAAUCCGCGUGGAUACUCCUCGAGUACUGAUGUCGCUCUAUGAACGGUGUAUCAAGUUCAGUCGGGAAGAACGGCCGGAGUUCAACGAGGUUUGUUUGGUGACAUACGUGGGACAAAGAAAUCAAUAAAUCCGGGAGGAUGACCUUCAAAAAACUUUAUAAUACAAGGUAUAAGUAUAGUUUUUGAUCUGAGGAGGGUGGUAUUGGCAAGAAAUAGAUUGCUUUCAAACUUUGGGAGGAAGUACAGUGGAGAUCAAAAAUUAUCAUUAAGCUGUCUUCUUAAGUAUGACGUUUAUCACCUUUUAUGGGACUUUCUAUGGCUUUACGUUGUUUUUCUUCAAUCCUGAUCGAUAUUGGCAUAUUCUCACCACGAGGUUCAAAGGAAAAUGUUUAAAAAUAAGGUGUUUACGGCACUGAAGCCUUGACCCUAUCGGUGAGAGUAAAGAGAGCGCAGAAUGGUCAGACUUUUUUAAGUCGGGCCGAAUUGUUUUCAUAGAUCUUUUUUAAAUGCUCAUAAUUCAAGAAAAAUGAUGGAAAAUGUAUCAAAACAUCUAUUUCUUUUACAUUCCCAAGCUGUUUUUUAUCUUCCUUUCGAGACUUUUUUGAAUUUCAAGCUUAAGCCAGCAGUGAACCCAAUUGCUCGAAAUAGAUGAAAUCGAAAUCUUGACUUUAAAAAAACGCUCUUCUAGGUCCUGGAGCGAUUGCGAAACAUAACGUUGCCGAAGCUGACGCGCUCGCAGUCGUCGCCGAAUCUGAGUUCAGCUACAGGUCGCCUUGCCGAGGCGAACGAGUCCAUGCCGACGUUCAUCUCCGCCGCCUUCCACAUGACCCCUCACUUCCCACACAAGACCUACAACAACGUGUACGGCUUGAUCUGA